UCACGUGACAGUUGAAGUUAUGGCGCGAGCCGGUGGUGUGCAAAGUGUAGGUCUGCGGACUGACGAGAAGAGCACUAAGAUCAUAAACUGGCUCAAGAAAAUGUAUGGUGACCGACCAGUUCCCCAUUAUGAGAUGAACACGAGGAAUGUGGAAAUCUUGUAUCAUUUAGCAGAGUGGAAUGUGAUGCGGGAUCGAGAUUUAACUCUGAUCAUACAGGACGCAAAGCAAAAAUCUGCAGAGGUCCAAGCUGAAGCAAAAUAUGUGCAAGAUAUACUGGCAGACGGCUUGGGCCCUUCCUUCAUGAACCUGUCUAGAAUGGGCAACAACUAUUUAAAUCAGUUAGUUGACAGUUGCGUGGCACUCGAGUUAAAGGACUCUUCAAUAACAAGUUUUAUUCCUGCUGUCAAUGAAUUGAGUGAUCAGCUAGUUUCUACAGAAUCUAAAAAUGAAGAACUGGAAAUAGAAUUGCGAAAUGUCCGGAAAAAGUUGACCAAUGCUUUGGUGCUGGAAAAAUCCUUGGAAGACGAUCUGAAGAAAGCAGAGGAGCAGUGUCAUUUUGAGAAGGCUAAAGUAGAGGUCCGAUCUCAAAACAUGAAGAAACUGAAAGACAAAUCUGAAGAAUAUAAAUACAAAAUUCAAGCUGGUAUGGAUCAGCUGUCAGCUGCCGGAAUGGAGGAUUCGUUAAGUCAUCGGUCUCUUGUGUCCCUUUCUGAGACACUGGCUGAACUUAAAGCACAGUCAACCGUGACGAACGAAAAGCUGAAAUCUUACCUGGACCUGACACCUAAUCCAUCACUUGUUAAAGUUAAGAUUGAAGAAGCAAAGCGGGAGCUUAAAGCCACUGAGGAAGAACUUACUGCAAAAGUGAACAUGAUGGAGUUUGUAUUGCCUGAACAAGGCAAGAGAAGACUAAAUUGAGAGCUCUUUGAACACCGUAAUGCCAAGUUCCUGCUUUUUAUGUGCAGCGAAGCAGAUCUGUUUUGAAGUCUAUCUAACUCUUCCGCAGUAGAGUUGAAUCAUCGAAUUGUCUUUUUUAGAAAUCUUGUACAGUCUAGUUACAUAUUUAUAUAUCCCCCCCACGGGCUGAAUGUACUACAGGUCUAAAACCAUAAUUAUAAAAAUGGUGUGCUUUUCAUCUACUUGAAUGUCUUGCUUUACUGGAAAAACAUCAAAAUCUAUGGACUGUUUUAUUACUUUCUAAGUUUUGCACCAAGUGUAAGAUAUGAUACAAUGGUUUAAUAUAAAAAUAAGUUUUGUAAGGUAUCCAGGUUCAUGCUAGGAAAUGUUUAUAAAUGAAAGCAGCAUGGUAUAUAUCUUAAAGGGACUCUAACAGCAUGUUUAGUGGACAU